CUCUCUCUAAAACAACAUUUAAAUUUCAAAUUCAAACCAUUUUCUUCCCCAUCUCUCUCCUCUCUCUUCAGUAAGAUUUAUUUUUUCCUCUCCCCAACAAAUUCAUCAGUUGAAACCAGCAGCAACCAUGGCGGCGAAGCCCAAUUCCGAGAUCUCUGAAAGCAGCAGAUUUUUCGGGAGCAUAUCCGCUUCAGUGCCGUUCAAGAGUUUGCUCCCGAAAGCGAAGAUGAAGGCGAAUUCGAUCCGGCGAUCGAGGAUCAGAUCCGAUGGAGAAAACAUAGCUCCGGUGGAUCCCAACAUUCAGAUGCGCGAUCCUCCACUCUCCGCUUCAGUUUCCUUCCCCAAAAAAUCCCCGACGAAGAUCAAAGUCGGUAAUUCUCUAAAGGAAGAUCUCACCGCAUCUUUUGUCCAGGAAAAAGUCCCCGAAGUUCCCAAUCCACCAGUCAAGGUUGUAGUGAGGAUUAAACCAACUAAGGGUCUUGGAAUCGGAGGUACUUCGGUCAGAAACGUUACAAAGAAUUCACUUUCUACGGCUGAAAGAACAUAUACAUUUGAUUCCGUCUUCGACUCAGAUUCAACACAGGGGGACGUAUACCAAUUAGUAGGUGCUCCGUUGGUUAAGGAUGCAUUAUCUGGUUAUAAUACAUCCGUUGUGGCUUAUGGUCAGACUGGGAGUGGGAAAACCUAUACAAUGUGGGGACCACCAAGCGCAAUGGUUGAUGGUCCGUCUGUCAGUGGUCUUCAGGGUAUUGUGCCGCGCAUUUUCCAGGAUAUUUUCUCAGAGAUUCAAAAGGAACAAGGGAAUUCUGAUGGAAAACAAAUAAAUUAUCAAUGUCGAUGCUCGUUUCUUGAGGUGUAUGCUGAGAAAAUUGGUGAUCUACUUGAUCCCACACAACGAGACUUGGAGAUAAAGGACGACACGAAAAAUGGAUUUUAUGUAGAGAAUCUGACUGAGGAGUACGUAUCCUGUUACGAGGAUGUGACUCAGAUUUUGAUUAAGGGUCUGUCGAACAGAAAGCUUGGAACAACAAGAAUUAACUCCAAGAGCUCAAGAUCCCAUAUCAUGUUCACAUGCAUAAUCGAGUCUUGGUGCAAGGAGUCCUCAUCAAAGUGCUUUGGUAGUUCAAAGAGUAGUAGAAUCAGUCUUGUUGACCUCGCUGGAUUCGAGAGAAAUGUGCUUGAUGAUGCUAGUAGACAGCAUGUGAAAGAAGGAAAAUAUAUAAAGAAGUCUAUGGCACAGCUUGGGCGCUUGAUAAAUAUCCUAGCGGAUGGAAGUCAGUCUGGGAAAUCUGAAGAAAUACCAUACAGAAGUUCUCGUCUGACUCAUUUGCUGAGAGAAUCGUUCGGUGGCAAUGCUAAACUCUCCAUUAUAUGUGCCAUUUCUCCAGACAACAAGAGUAGUGGUGAAACUAUGAGCACCCUCAGAUUCGGACAGCGGGCAAAACUCAUGAAGAACGAACCUGUGGUGAAUGAAAUAACAGAAGAUGAUGUAAACGACCUGAGCGAUCAGAUCCGACAAUUGAAGGAAGAACUUAUGAGAGCCAAGUCCAGUUCAUGCAACUCCUUCAGCAGCAACGAAGGAUAUUUCAGAGGGGGGAAUGUGCGUGAAAGCUUGAAUAAUUUGAGAAUAAGCCUCAACCGUACACUGAUCUUACCCUGCAUUGACAAUGAUUCUGACGAAAAUUUACACAUCAGCGAGGAUGAUGUGAAAGAACUAAGGCUUCAAAUGGAUAACAUAAAAGAAGAAUCUGAGAAUGGAGAAAGUACACUCUUAUACUCUGCGGAAGGUUGUGAGACAGAUUUCACUUGUGAGCAUUACUUGAGCUGUUCAGAAGAUGGCGAAAACGAAGAAAUUAAUUCGAGCGAACCUCAAACAGAAAUGGAAGAAUUUGAUCGAUCGAUUUCUAUUGAUCUUCCAUCAAGGGCAGUCCUUCCAGAUCCUGUGCUGUCAGAGUCUCCUAAAAUACAAAAUGCACAGAGGAAAAGCGUGGUUUUCUCCUCAAACCAUCUCCCUGAAGCUGUAGAAACUUGCAAAGAUCUUGAUGUGAUAAGGCAGUCUCUCCAAACAGACAACCUUAAAUCCUCCUUGAGAUCUAGUAAAAUAUUUGCGGGACCCACCGAAUCUUUGGAAGCUAGCCUCCACAGAGGAUUACAGAUCAUCGAUUAUCACCAGAGGAACCCAGCGCCAGAAAGAUCAUCCGUUUCCUUCUCUUUCGAACAUUUGGCUCUCAAACCAUGUCUAUCAGCUGAUAACACCAGUGCUUCUGUUCAAAUGUCUACCAAGGACAUGGAAAAAGAUUUAGCUUCGGCUCUUCAGAGGGAGGAGGAGCUCAAUAUUGUUUGUCGCGACCAAGCAGCUAAAAUUGAGAAACUAACCAAAAUGCUAGAGCAAUGCAAGUGUGUGACUGACCAGUCAGAUACCAGCAUAUGUCGCAGCUCUUCAAAUUUCAGUGCGCUGAAGAAGAACCAACUGCAACCAAUCGAAGAGGAGGAUGUAGAGCAUGAGAAGUAUCAACCACCAAACACUGCAAAUAAUCUUCUGACAUGGAAUGGUGAUGAAAGCGAUGAACCAGAGCUUAUAAAGGAGAAAUGUGAAGUUAAAGAAGUCCAGGACUUGACAAAAUCCUUCACUCUUGAAGAUAGGGAAGCACUUCUAACAGAAAACGAAGUUCUUAGAAACAAACUGCAGUUCUACACCGACGCACCCACAAGAAGAUCAUCAGACAAACUACGAUCUUCUUUGCUGUCACAAUCAAUCCAGUUAAGAAGAAGCUGCGCAUUUAAUGCUCAAGGAAUCAACAACAAGGAAGAACUCGAGAAGGAACAACAGAAAUGGAUGGAAAUGGAGAGCGAAUGGAUUUCACUGACCGACGAAUUGAGAAUCGACAUCGAGUCUCACCGCCAAAGAGCAGAAAAAGUCGAGAUGGAGUUGACAUUAGAGAAGAAGUGCACUGAAGAAUUGGACGAUGCCCUCAAAAGAUCCGUUCUUUGUCAUGCUAGAAUGAUCGAGCACUAUGCGGAACUACAGGAGAAGUACAAUGACUUGUUAGCAAAGCAUCGAGCAAUGAUGGAAGGGGUAGCGGAGGUGAAAAGGGCAGCUUUGAAAGCGGGAGCAAAGGGUCGCCAUGGGUCCCGUUUCGCAAAGGCCCUUUCAGCAGAGCUUUCUGCUUUAAGAGUCGAAAGAGAGAGGGAGAGAGAUUUGUUGAAGAAAGAGAAUCGAAGCCUUAAAAUACAGCUUAAAGACACCGCAGAAGCUGUGCAUGCUGCUGGUGAACUUCUUGCUAGGUUGAGAGAAGCUGAAGCAGCAGCUUCAUUGGCUGAGGAGAAAAACACGACAAUUCAAGAAGAUAACGAGAAGCUGAGGAAACAAAUGGAGAAACAAAAAAGAAAGCACAAGAUGGAGAUUAUUACAAUGAAACAGUACCUCGAAGGAAGCAGAUUGCCUGAAGCCGCCUUAAGGCCGCCACUAUAUCGUGAAAACUCCGAUAGUAAUAUAUUGCAUAACGAUAAUAAUGCAAUGCUAGAAGACGACGACCAGUCGUGGAGGGCUGAAUUCGGUGCAAUAUAUCAAGAACACUACUGAAAAAUUGAACUGGUGUAUGUAAUGUGUGUGUGUUUGUGGUAAUCAAGACCCUACUCGGGUCAACUUGCAUUUCAUUUUUUACAUUUUUUUUUGCGUACAACGCAAUAAUUUGUAUACGCUAAAACGUUAACAAUGUUCGUUUAAAGUUGGAUUUGGAGCUCGAUCGGUCUCUUCCAUACUAAUUUGCAGUGUUUAUUUUCGUCAUUUAAUUCUACCCCGGGAAAUAUAACGCAACUUCCCUGA